AUGAUAGCAGAUACUUGGUAUUCUAGUAUUUCUAUUCUUGACCCGCGGAUUACAGGGAUAUUUGUAUUACUUUACAGUGGAUGGCAGAUAGUGAAUUACAGCAGAGCCAGCUACACUGGUCAAUCCUUAUAUAAACUCUGGAUCAUUCUGGAAAUACUGAACUGCUGGAUUUACAUUUAUCAGUCCUAUCCUCAUCUUCCCGCACCGACUGCUGAGGAAUUGGUAAGCUUCACUCAUAGAACUCCUGCUGAGUAUACUACACAACUGAUGGCUAACGUGGUGAUUCCACACCCACCCACGUUCAAUAUCCUAGGACGCCAGUACGACGGCUGGGAUUCUGUUUUCAGUAAAUGUGGAGUAUAG